UGUUGCUUUGCAUACUAUACUCUUGGUGUAGCUGGCCACGGAACUUCUAGAGAGAGAAACCGCUUUUUGCUUCAACUCUCUCUCUCUUACAUGGCCGAUGAACCAAUGCCCACUCGCUGGUCCUUCCAGGACUUCAAAUUGAAUUAUGAUGCGAUGUUUGGGAGGAAGAAAGUGGUGGAGAAUGGUGAGGCAGCUGAUAAAGCUGUUGGUAAUGGAAACUUAUUGAACCAUGCAUCCAACGGCAAUCUGCAAGCUAAAAGAUCAUCUGAUAUGACAAUCUUUGAGCAGUUUCAGAGCCAGGGGCAGAAUCCGGCGCAGACAAAUGGCUUUUCACCAAACCAUGGGGACGAAAGGCCGCAAAAGUCUUUGCUUCCACCUUUUGAAUCUGCAGAGAUGCGUGCUUUAGCAGAGAGCUUAAGUAGGGAUAUAAUUCGUGGGAGUCCAAAUGUGAAGUGGGAAAGCAUCAAGGGGUUAGGGAAUGCCAAACUUUUGCUAAAAGAGGCUGUUGUGAUGCCAAUUAAGUAUCCCAAGUACUUUACUGGUCUGUUAUCUCCAUGGAAAGGCAUUCUCCUUUUUGGCCCACCAGGGACAGGAAAGACAAUGCUUGCAAAGGCUGUUGCAACAGAGUGCCAGACUACAUUUUUUAAUAUUUCAGCAUCAUCUGUUGUCAGCAAAUGGCGAGGUGAUUCCGAGAAGUUGAUAAAGGUGUUAUUUGAGCUUGCAAGACACCAUGCCCCCUCAACCAUAUUUCUUGAUGAAAUUGAUGCAAUCAUUAGUCAACGCGGUGAAGCACGCAGUGAACAUGAAGCAAGUAGACGACUAAAAACUGAACUACUCAUACAGAUGGACGGUUUGGCCAAGACUGAUGAGCUUGUUUUUGUUUUGGCGGCAACAAAUCUUCCCUGGGAAUUGGAUGCAGCCAUGCUCCGCCGUCUUGAGAAGCGAAUCCUUGUACCACUCCCAGAACCAGAAGCAAGAAGAUCCAUGUUCGAGGAACUCCUUCCUCCACAGCCUGAUGAGGAAGAGAUCCCCUAUGAUUUGCUAGUGGAGCGGACCGAAGGAUAUUCAGGGUCAGAUAUCCGGUUACUCUGCAAAGAGACAGCAAUGCAGCCUUUGAGACGCCUAAUGUCUCAACUUGAACAGAGACAAGAGGUGGUACCGGAAGAAGAGUUGCCAAAAGUUGGGCCAAUCAGGUAUGAAGAUAUAGAAGCAGCAUUGAAAAACACAAGGCCAUCUGCUCACCUACAUGCCCAUAAAUAUGAAAAGUUUAAUGCUGAUUAUGGCAGUCAAAUACUUCACUGAAUAGAUGUAGCCUUCACUUUCUUCCAUUAGGUAGCUCUCCCAAUUUGUAUGUGACACAAUUGCGGUUGUACAACUACGGAACCCGAAACAUUAUUUGGGUGGAGUUUGGCGAUGCUCUUUGCAUAAUUUCAUCAAAUGGUUCUCAGGUUCUGGUUUUUCUCAAACCCCGGUCAAUUUGUGUUUGUGCAACAAUUAUUACAAGUCCCGUCGUAUUUAGGCUUCGGGAUAUGGCUGUGGGUAAUUAAGUUUUUAUGACUACAAUCUUUAUAAUUGCUUGGUAA